AUGGCUAUCUCAGACUCGGUUCCCCAACCCCAGCAGUUGUUAUGUCUCACUAUCACUGCUUUUCGCAAACCCGGACUUAGUGAAGCGGAGUACCGAGAGUACAUGACCAAGGUUCAUGCUCCCUUAGUCACCGGCCUCAUGAAGGAAUAUGGAAUUGUUCGGUAUAACAUGACCCAUAACGACAGCCAAAGUCGACCAUUGCUUUUCAAGCUCUACGACCCCGAGUUCUCGAAACUGUCUGACUAUGACUGUAUUGUGCAAUUCGUAUUCCGCAAUAUGGAAGAUUUUCUACGCAUGAAAGCUGAUCCACGCUUCAUGGAGAAAGUCGCUCCUGACCACAAAAACUUUGCUGAUACUCAAAGGUCAACGAUGACUAUUGGCUACUUUGAAGAGUUUUUGGAUAACAAUGAGAUUGUACCCAAAUGA